AUUGGCAUUCGAUAAUAAGUAGCCCAACAAACCUAGUGAAAAGCUAACCCGUUAAAAUAUUUGGUCAGAUUGACAGAAAGAGGAGGAUCAUGGCGGCGUUAAUGGCGAGAUCCGGCCUUCGAUCUGCGUCUUUGCUUCUCCGGCAGGGAGCGAAGAGCAAAGCUGCAGAGGCACCCAAGCGGAGCUUCUCCGCUUCCGCCCACGAUGACGCCAGUGAAGCUGCGAAGUGGGAGAAGAUAGCAUAUGGUGGUAUUUUUACCUGCACGAUCCUUUCCAUCUACAACCUCUCCAAAGGGCAUCCCCAUUACGAAGAAACUCCGGCUUACACUUAUUUGCACAUCCGUAACAAGGAAUUCCCAUGGGGUCCAGAUGGUCUCUUUGAGGCGAAGCAUCAUGAUCACUAAAAACAAUUUUAAUGUCAAUGUUCCUGCUCGGGUAGCCUGUAGCUUGGAAACAGGAUUCACUUUGGAAAGCUAUCCUGCUUUUACUUUCAUGUUCAAUAAUAACACAGAAACUAGUGAAUUGAAUAACACUUUGAUGUUGCUUUGAUGCUUUCUUUUGCUAUCAUUGAGUUAUAAGGUUAUGACAAAUUUCAGGACCAAUUGGUUCUGGUUAUUUAUGGAUUGUACAUCAUAUUUGAUGACACCGCGCAGAUUGGCGCAUUUAUGCAAUUACCAUCGAUUAAGUCAA